AUGCUCGGCCGGACGUGCACCUUCUGGGAAUCCCUCGGCCAUGCCUCCCUCGGUACAGUGCCCUACGUGGACGGGCAGGCUCGUGAGACGACGCACACCAAGACUGAAGUCCUGCGCAUGUUACCGCCCGUGUAUGUGCUCGCCAACAGGACUUUCAUCUCGGGCUCCGCAGCCGGACGAGCCUUCAUCUCGACGACGAGCGGAUACGUGGGACUGGGCCUGACGGCAAGCAAGCCAGGAGACGAGAUUGCCUUCUUCUUCGGGGGUCGUGCUCCCUAUGUCAUCCGACGUCUCGCUUCUGGCAAAUACAAAUUCAUUGGGCCGUGCAUAAUCCUCGGCAUUAUGGGCGGGGUGGCUCUUGAUGGUCAUCCAGCCAAGCUUGUGGAAGAUUUUGUGCUUGUAUAG